AUGGCCGCUACCGCUGUUAAGAACAUCGAAACUCGCCUGUUUAUCAAUGGCGAGUUUCGCAAUGCCUCCAGUGGGAAGACCUUCGAUGUGGUCUACCCUUUUACCCAAGAGACCAUUGCAUCAGUCCAGGAAGCCGAUGCAAAGGACGUGGACGAUGCCGUGCAAGCCGCCCAUGCCGCUUUCCCUGCCUGGAGAGACCUUGGUGUUGAAAAGCGGGGCGAGUACCUGCGCAAGCUCUCCCAGUUGAUCGAGAAGCACAUUCCCGAGCUGGCCAAGCUCGAGGCCCUCAACAUUGGCCGACCUGUUUCGCAUUUCGUUGAUGGUCCUUCCGCCGUCGAAACAUUCCGUUUCUUCGCCGAUAGCGCAUGGCAUACCCAGGGUACCGCUUCUCACAACACUCCCGGUAUCUUUAAUGUCACCGUGAAGGAGCCGUAUGGUGUCGCUGGUCUAAUUAUCCCCUGGAACUUUCCACUGGCUAAUUGGUCCGGCAAAAUUGCCCCCGCACUGCUGCUGUCUCUCUAUGCUGCCAGGCUCGCCCAGGAGGCCGGUUUCCCCCCUGGUGUCAUCAAUGUUCUGUCCGGCUAUGGCACCCCAGCUGGCGCUGCGCUGUCGGAGCAUCCACUUGUCCGCUGCGUUAGCUUCACAGGUUCAUCCAUGACCGGCCAGCGCAUCCAGGCCGCCGCAGCCAAGUCCAACAUGAAACACGUCCACCUCGAGCUUGUCUUCGAAGACUCCGAUCUGGAAGCCGCAGCUCUAGCAGCCAUGGUCGGCAUCACAUUCAACAGCGGCCAAGUCUGCGUCGCCAACUCCCGAAUCUACGUCCAGGAGAGCGUGGCAGAGGCCUUCGGGCAAACAUUCAAGGCGCUGCUCGGUGCCGUUAAGCAAGGCGACCCACUCGACCCGGCCACGACCGCGGGUCCGCAAAUCGACAAACUGCAGUUUGAAAAGAUCAAGACAUACCUCGAGAUUGGCCGGAAGGAGGGCAAGCUUGCUCUGGGUGGUGACACCAAUAACGGCUACUUCGUGACCCCCACUGUCUUCGAGGGUCUCCCCGAGGACUCGCGGCUUGUCAAGGAGGAGAUUUUCGGUCCCGUCGUCGUGCUUAAUACUUUCAAAGAGGAGGCGGAGGCGAUCCAUAAGGCUAACGAUACCGAAUUCGGUCUUUAUGCGUCUGUUUUCACUAAGGACCUUGACCGUGCUGUGCGCGUGUCGCGGGCUCUGCAGGCCGGUCUUGUGGGAGUUAACUGCACUGCUGCCACGCAAACUAAGGAUGCUGCCUUCGGUGGGUACAAGAGGAGUGGUAUUGGACGUGAGGGCCUGCUUUACAGUAUCGAGAACUUCCUUCAGACCAAGUCUAUUAUCUUCAAGGCUGGAGCUGGUGGCUUCUAA